ACUUCUGGGUACGUCGACGGCGCGCCGCGCGCUUGGCCUCAUAAAUGCGGUGGCCCGGGGCGUAGGGGCGCUGUGCCGGGAGGCCCUGGGCAUUCUGACGUCUGGGGUCGUCGCGGUGCGCCUGAGCCCGUCCUGCUCCUCGCUGUGCCAUGGCGGACGGAGGGAAGUCCUACAACGAGCACGAUGAUCGAGUUAGCUUCCCUCAGAGAAGGAAGAAGGGCCGGGGUCCUUUCCGGUGGAAGUGUGAGGGGAGCCGCAGGUCUGGAAGAGGGGGUGCUGGCGUCCGGACGCCCCGCCUUGAGGACGAUGACAGAGAUGUGGCCAUGAGCGAUGCCCAAGAUGUUCCCCGAGUACGAUACACCCCCUAUGCUGCGCGACCCAACCGGCGGGUUGAUAAUUGGCAUGAUCGAGACCGCAUCCAUGUUACUGUGCGGAGAGACAGAGUUCCUCCACAGAGAGGAGGGGCUGGCAACAGCCAGGAUGGGACCUCGAAGAACUGGUUUAAGAUUACAAUUCCUUAUGGCAGGAAAUAUGACAAGGCAUGGCUCCUAAGUAUGAUUCAGAGCAAAUGCAGUGUCCCUUUCACCCCCAUUGAGUUUCACUAUGAAAACACACGGGCCCAGUUUUUUGUUGAGGACGCCAGUACUGCCUCUGCAUUGAAGGCUAUCAACUAUAAGAUUUCGGAUCAGGAGAACCGAAGGAUAUCCAUCAUCAUCAACUCCUCUCCUCCGCCCCUUACUGUGCAGAAUGAGCUGAAGCCGGAGCAAGUAGAGCAGCUAAAGCUGAUCAUGAGCAAACGAUACGAUGGCUCUCAACAAGCGCUUGACCUCAAGGGCCUCCGUUUAGACCCAGAUUUGGUGGCCCAGAACAUUGAUGUUGUCCUGAAUCGUAAAAGCUGUAUGGCGGCUACCCUGCGAAUCAUUGAGGAGAAUAUCCCUGAGCUGUUGUCUUUGAACUUGAGCAGUAACAAGCUGUAUAGGCUGGAUGACAUGUCCAGCAUUGUGCAGAAAGCGCCCAACCUAAAGAUCCUAAACCUCUCUGGGAAUGAGUUGAAAUCUGAGCGGGAAUUGGACAAGAUAAAAGGGUUGAAGCUGGAAGAGCUGUGGCUCGAAGGAAACACGCUGUGUGACACCUUCCGAGACCAAUCGACCUACAUCAGCGCCAUUCGCGAACGAUUUCCUAAAUUACUACGUUUGGACGGCCAUGAGUUACCCCCGCCAAUUGCCUUUGACGUUGAAGCCCCCACGAUGUUGCCACCCUGCAAGGGGAGCUAUUUUGGAACGGAGACCCUGAAGACUCUGGUCCUGCACUUCUUGCAGCAGUACUAUGCCAUUUAUGACUCUGGAAACCGACAGCGGCUCCUGGACGCCUACCAUGAUGGAGCCUGCUGCUCCCUGAGCAUCCCUUUCACCCCCCAGAACCCUGCCCGAAGCAACUUGGGCGAGUACUUCAAGGACAGCAGGAAUGUGAAGAAGCUGAAAGACCCGACCCUGCGGUUCCGGCUGCUGAAGCACACACGGCUCAACGUUGUGGCCUUCCUCAACGAGUUGCCCAAGACUCAGCACGACAUCAAUUCCUUCGUGGUCGACAUCAGUGCCCAAACGAACACGUUACUGUGUUUUUCUGUCAAUGGCGUCUUCAAGGAAGUGGAUGGAAAGUCCCGGGAUUCUCUGCGAGCCUUCACACGGACGUUCGUCGCUGUUCCAGCCAACACUUCAGGGCUGUGCAUUGUAAAUGACGAGUUGUUUGUGCGGAAUGCCAGCCCUGACGAGAUCCAGAGAGCUUUCGCCAUGCCCGCGCCCACGCCCUCCUCCAGCCCGGUGCCCACCCUGUCCCCAGAGCAGCAGGAAAUGCUGCAGGCGUUCUCUACGCAGUCUGGCAUGAACCUCGAGUGGUCCCAGAAGUGCCUGCAGGACAACAACUGGGACUACACCAGAUCUGCCCAAGCCUUCACGCAUCUCAAGGCCAAGGGUGAAAUCCCGGAAGUGGCGUUCAUGAAGUGACCCUGGCCGCCCGGGCCCCUGUAAAUAGCCCCGGAUAGCGACGUCUCCCUGCCAUGGUAGUCGGCUCUUCCUCCGGCCUGGCCAGGCCGGGACUGGGACUGUGACGGAGGAGGGAGGCCGCGCACCUCCCGUCGCCUGCCUUCCCGAAGCCCCUGGACGAUUUCCAGAAAGUGGAGCCCCGCUGGGGCCAGGAAGCCAAAGCGCCGUGUAGAACUGACACUAAACCACCCGCAGGACUGAGGUGCUCUGUGCCCUUCACCCCAGGAUCCCGCCUCCCCUACUUUUUAAGAUAAAGAGUGAGAUUGUA